AUGGGUGAGAAGGGUCUGUGCGCCUCGUGCCGGCGGUGGGUGCCGUGGUGGGGGCUGGCUCCCCUCGGGGACAUCCGGGUGCCGACCCACCGUGGCGAGGUCGCCGGCUGGGCGCCCUACCGCGGCUUUCAUACCUACGACACCGCUGUCGUCUGCCAAGGCUUUGCCCGGCUGGUUGGCGGUGACACCUGUGCCGGGCGGCUGCAGGUUCGGCGGGGCCAAGUCUGGACCAGCGUCUGUGAGGAUCACGUGGACAUCAAGGCCGCCCAGGUGGUCUGCCGGGAGCUGGGCUGCGGCACGGUGCUGGCUGUCCGCGGCACUGGCCGGUUUGAGGCGGGAACGGGGCCGCUCUGGGAGCAGGGGUUCGAGUGCACCGGCACCGAGUCCCUCCUCGCCACCUGCACCCAGCGGCCGCCCCGCAGCCAGGGCUGCACCAGCCACGCCAGCAUCAUCUGCUCCCGCUACACGGGUUUCCGGCUGGCGGAGAACAGCUCGAGCUGCGCCGGGCGGGUGGAGGUGGAGGCGGGGGGGACGUGGGGGUCCCUCUGCGCCACCAGCUGGGACCUGUCCGACGCCGAGCGACACCCAGGCGAGUGCCCCAUGGCGGUGCUGGGGGAGCCCGCCUGCCCCCCCGGCCACGCCGCUGCCGUCAACUGCUCAGUGCUGGUGCCGUGGCCCCACGGCAUCACCGGGGAUUUUGCAGGCAUUGCCGAGCCCCUGCGGCUGGUGGAGGGGGAGAGCCGGUGCGACGGGCAGCUGGAGGUCACCACAAGUGCCGGAGCAUGGGCCCGCGUACCGGUGGGGCUGUGGGAUGCCCAGGGUGCCAGCGUGGUGUGCCGGCAGCUGGGCUGUGGCGUGCCGGAGAAGGUCUACACCGUGCCAGGCUUGGGCACCGCGGGGCUGCAGGGGCUGCAGUGUGCCGGCACCGAGGAGAACGUGGCUCAGUGCAACGUCUCGGGGACGGCCACCACGCCGACAGGCAGCCCCGAGGAGGGGGCCCUCGUCUGUGUCCCCAGCAGCGCCGCCCCGGUGGCAGUGGCGGGGACCGUGCCGGUGCCCACAGUCCUGUGCGUGGUCCUGGGGACGCUGCUGUGCCUGGCCCUGGGCGCCCUGGCUGUGCAGGUGUGCCGUGCCCGGGCUCAGCGCCGAGGCCCCGGCAGAGCUGCGGACGCUGUCUCUGACGCCGUCUACGAGGAGCUGGACUACACCCUGAUGCCGGACUACCAGGAGGUGCCCAGUCGCCCAGGCUCCCUGUCGGAGGGCUCAGGGACGAAGCUGCCGUAUUACACUGGGGACAGCAUGGAGGAGAGUGACUUCAAGGCAGCCCCAGACUCCUCUGCCCAGCACGGCCCCCCAGAUGGCUACGACGAUGCCGCGGCCGUGCCGCAAGAGUCCCCCGCUCCCAGCACUGGGGACCUCUCCGAGGGGGUGGCACGGAGGAGCGAGGGCUGUGUCCCACCCGCAGGUGGGAGCCACCCCCUCCCAAGCCCCCCAGGAGCCACGAGGGACCCCCCGGCACAGCCCCCGGGGGACACAGACUAUGACGAUAUUGGCAUCAGCACCCUGGGGACAUCGCUGUGA